GAAAACGGUACGCCAUUGAAAUCCCGCAGGAAUAUACGGAAACGGAAAUAGAGAAAAGCGGAUAUGGCGGGUUUCGAUUUCGCAACCGUGGAGACGAUUGAGUUGACGGGCGUGUUUGACGCGCAUGUGCAUUUGCGGGAUGGGGAGAUGGCGGAGUUGGUGGUGCCGACGGUGAGGGAGGGGGGUGUGAAUCAGGUUUAUGUUAUGCCCAAUCUGGUCCCACCAAUCACGACCGUGGAGCAAUGUCUGGCGUACCGCGAGAGGCUACGGGCCAUCGAGCCCAAUGUCGACUACCUCAUGUCUUUGUAUCUGCACGAGAGCAUGACACCGGAGACGAUUGUGGAGGCGAAGAAGGCGGGGGUUUGGGGGGUGAAGAGUUAUCCCGCGGGUGUUACUACUAACUCCUCCUCGGGCGUCGUCGACUACGAAUCCUUCUACCCCAUCUUCGCCGAAAUGGAGCGCCAGGACCUCGUCCUCAACCUGCACGGCGAAGUCCCUUCCACUCCAUCCCACGCCCCCAUCACCUCAUCCUCCUCGGACCGCGCCGUCACCGUCCUCAACGCCGAACCCGCCUUCCUCCCCACCCUGGCAAAACUGCACUCGCGAUUCCCCAACCUCCGCAUCAUCCUCGAACACUGCAGCACCGCCGCCGCCGUAGCAGCCGUCCGAUCGUGUGGCCCCACCGUCGCGGCGACCAUAACCGCGCACCACCUCUCCCUCAUCAUCGACGACUGGGCCGGCGACCCGCACUGUUUCUGCAAACCCGUCGCCAAGACGCCCGAAGAUAGGGAUGCCUUGCUCCGCGCCGUGGUGACGUCCGAGGGGAAGUUCUUCCUGGGCACGGACUCGGCGCCUCACGAUGUAAGGAAGAAGCGCGGGGAGGAUAGAGUCGCUGCGGGGGUCUUCACGCAAGGGUGGGCGGUGGGGUAUGUGCUUGAUGCGUUGGCGAAGGGGGUCGAGAGGGGGGUGGUUGCAAAGGAGAAGGUUACGAGGGAGGUGCUUGAGGGGUUUUUGGGGAAGUGGGGGCGGGCGUUUUACAAGGUGCAGGAGCCGAGGGGGGAGACAGUGGUGUUCACAAGGGGGAAGGCGAGGGUCGGGGAGGUGGUGAGGAGGGAGGGGUUGGGGGUCGAGGUGGUGCCGUUUCGGAGGGGGGAGGUGACGUGGGGGGUUGAGUGGAAGUGA